GUGAAGCCACAGUGCUAGUGCAAGAACUAAUUGCUCCCAGUGUUAAUACACACAAAGUUGCUCUAGGAAGACAAUGAUGCGUAUUACGAUUCGUCGUCUUAUUGCAGUUAUCUGCAUUUCUUUGUCCUUUUCUACGUGCGAGAGCCAGCCAACAGAACCAGGUGUUUGCUUUGAUAUCGCGAACUGUGACUAUACGAAGGGCAAUCCUGCCGCCGAUUCUUUGAUACUAUAUGCCGAGUGCUGUGAUAAAGACAACGGGGAGUCGUUGGCACUGAGUGAUGGUUCAUGCGCGAACUGUGGAACAGAAACAGUUGCAACUACAGCUCCUGCGACAAAUGAUACCAAUUAUAUCGAAGAGUGGACUCCUUGGCGUGACUGUUCUCAAGAAUGUGGUCCUGGUACCAGAAGCAGACAGAAAAUAUGUGGUCCCCCAGGCGACCUUAAAGUUUGUGAAGUGCAAGAUGAAGACUGCAAUCUGGGAAGCUGUCCAGUUGAUGGAGAAUGGGGAGAAUGGCAGAGCUGGUCUGCGUGUUCUGACACGUGUAGACACUCAAGAGUAAGAUCCUGUGACAAUCCAAUACCAUCCAAUGGAGGAAACGAUUGUGUAGGCUUGGACAGUGAAACGGCUGCGUGCGAAAGAGACCCUCCUUGUCCAGUUCACGGUGCAUGGAGUGAAUGGACCGAGCAGCCGUGCUCAAAAUCAUGCGGAGGUGGAUUUCGCAUUCUCACGCGGGAAUGCGACAACCCAGCACCACAAUACGGUGGCGAUAACUGUUAUGGAAACCCAAACAAAUUCGAGCAAUGCAACACAGAAUGCUGUCCAAUACAUGGCACAUGGAGCGCAUACACGAGUUGGGCACAGUGUGAAGUGACAUGUGGAGGUGGCAGGCGAAUUAGAAGAAGGAAGUGCGACAAUCCUCCACCGUCGUGCAAUGGGCGCAAUUGCAGUGGGUUUGACAUAGACACAGAAGACUGCUCUCCCAAUGAAUGCCCUGUGGACGGGGGCUGGAGUACCUGGUCAGAAGGAGUCUGUACUAAACCUUGCGGUGGGGGUCAUCAGCAAAAGUUCCGUAAAUGUGAUGACCCAGUGCCUAGGGGUACAGGUGAACCCUGUCCUGGACUUGAAGCGGCAAUUGAAGCAUGCAACGAUCAACCGUGUCCUGUUGAUGGAGAAUGGAGCUUUUGGAGCUCAUGGAGUACUACAUGUCCUGCUUGUGGUAAAGGCUACUACAAAAAUCGAACUAGAUUGUGUGACGAUCCUCCUCCCCAAAACGGUGGUCUCUUUUGCCCUGGACCAAAGUCAGAAGCGGCUCCGUGCUCAAUUUCUAAAUGCCCAGUAAACGGCGAAUGGAGCGCUUGGACUGCCUAUACUGACUGUCCAAGAUCUUGUGGUGGCUCUCGAUACCAGCGAACCAGAAAAUGUGAUAAUCCACCACCAAACUUUGAUGGUCUCCCUUGUCCAGGAGAUUACAUUGAAUCCACGCAGUGCAACACUCAGGAAUGUCCAGUGAAUGGUGAAUGGAGCUACUGGACGGAAUGGAGUCACUGCUCUACAACGUGUGACAGAGGUGGAAGAAAUCGCUCGCGUGUAUGUAACGAUCCUGCACCGAGGUACAACGGAACGGAGUGCCCAGGUCCAGCAACAGAAUGGGCACCUUGCCCAGGUGACAGGAAUUGCCCAGUGGACGGUGGAUGGAGUCCGUGGUCAGUGUUUUCUCCUUGCACGGCGAGCUGCGAAGGUGGCACAAGGGAAAGUUUCCGUGAAUGCAACAGUCCCCAACCUCGUUAUGAUGGUCUCUUCUGUGGUGGACACUCUCGAAGAACUUGCGAAUGCAACAAACAACCAUGUCCUGUCGACGGAGGAUGGACUUGGUGGAGUAUUUGGUCUCCCUGCUCAUCAACAUGCGAAGGAGGAAAGCAAAACAGAACCAGAGAAUGCACCAAUCCUCUGCCAAGACACGGAGGACUUUGCUGUCAAGGUCCAGAAGUAGAUGUCCAAACGUGUGCCCAUGUCCAAUGCCCAGUUGACGGCAACUGGGGACAAUGGAAUACGUGGUCUGAGUGCAGCGAACCCUGUGAGACCGGCAGGCGUUUUCGAAAUAGAUUGUGCAACAAUCCAGCACCUGAUUUUGGAGGCAAACCAUGUAAUGAUCCGUCCACUAGAAUGGAAGAAGAGCUGUGUAACACACACAAGUGUCCAGUGAACGGAAACUGGGGUGCGUGGACAGAAUAUGAAUUCUGCAGUAAAACUUGCGAUACCGGAUCACAAGGAAGAACUAGGGAGUGCAACAAUCCAGCUCCAAAAUAUGACGGCGCAGACUGCAGUGGCAACGAAGCUGAAUCAAGGCUCUGCAAUAAAUUCGAAUGCCCGGUGGAUGGCUUUUACACUACGUGGACGUCAUGGGCUCAAUGCUCUAGAACUUGCGGAAGAGGUACUACUGAGCGAACACGACAUUGCAAUCCUCCGCUGCAUGGAGGAACUCCUUGUCUGUCUUUUGGCCUUCCUCAAGAAACAAAAAGUUGCUGUAACCAGGCCUGCCAGGGUCCUACACCGUACACGGUCUACACGUUGAUUUCAUCUCAAGACGUAAUUAGGCAAAGGUAUACUACUUCGUGCGGGUUUCUCGGUUUCGGUCGAUGUUCAAGAACUAGGACUAUUUACUCCCGAACCUAUAGGAGUCAAGGAUCAACUCUCUACAAGACCGCUGUCACAGAAGGCUGUUGAGUAGGAGGACCGCAGAGAAUGAAGUCGAGACUGCUGACUUUAGGGCAGUGACUGUCACUGUGUGUCGUAAAUGUGUGAAUUUUCGGUGUUAGUUCUGUGACUGCAUGUUAUUAGUUUGUUGACACCAUUCUAGCGGUAACUUUGUUCUGUAACUGCUAUAAUAAAGUUUGACAAACGAA